AUGUCUACCUGGCUCUCCCGACAGCGCAAAAGCGAUUUGCAGCGUUAUGCUGAUGACGCCGGUCUCAAAUACAAUGAUAGCAUUUUGAAAGACGACCUUUCCGCGCUCUUGGACACACAUCUGAAGGACAAUGCGACGUCGCUUUCCAAACUCCCCUCGUUGCGCGAGUACUAUGAUCGCACCGAGCGCGCGUCGCCUAUUAAACGCGCUCCCAGCAAUGCGCCUGCGACUGCUGCGGGCGUAAACUCCGAGGGCGACACUCCAAAACCCCGUAAACGACGCGUAACAAAGGUCAAGGAAGAAUCAGAAGAAGCAUCACCGGAUGUGAAAGCACUCGCGGCGCGCACCCCUCGCGCCGUGCAGAAAGUCGCCGCACGCGUACCGCUUCCGCCUUCCCCGGCGGUCGUUACUGACGCGAUCGAACGUCAGACCGCAAAUAUCAAAGCGCAGGGUCUCGAGCUCUGGGAGAGAUUAGGCCUUGAUGAUAGUGUCGAGGACAUCCGCGAGAGCUUGAGCUCCGUCGUGGCUGUACAAGCUUUGGCUUUCAUCUUGGAGGGCGCUGGUAUUAGGCGCGAGACGCUCCACAUGCGCCAUGCAUUCAACACGCCGUCCAUUGAUGCGUUACGGCUUCCGUCGUAUCCAGUCAAGCUGCCAGACUUCUUCGAAGUCUUGACAGGCGGCUUCUGGGCGCCCACCACCCUUUGGGCCACGACCAGCCUGAUCGUUCCUUUGAUCUUCGCCUAUUUCUUCAACCUUACCUUGAAGAAGUCCAGUACGGGCUUGAAGGUUUCCUCAAAGUCGUAUCAGGCUGACCCCCUGGCUUUCAAUAUUGUAAAGGCCUUGAUCACCUACCUGGUCUAUGGCCAAGCUUUCCGUUUCUGGGGUUUGGUCGACGACACAACUGUUGCAACUGUAGAUAGAGGCUUUUACGGUAAUUACCAAGGUGUGUUGAUCAGUUCUGGCAUUGGUGCUUUGGUCAGCCUAUAUGAGGCUAUUCUGAAGAAGUAG